AUGGGAAACACCUGCUUCAAAAACCUCAGCGCUAGUGAGCUGCUGGAGAUGACAAGUCACCGUAAUUUCUGCAAGCUCGUCCGCCGAGAACACAAUCAAGUGAUGGGAGUUCCUCUUCGAGGUACAACCGCUAAUUUUUCAAGAGAAGAAAACUCGGAAAAAAAUAGGUACAUUGACAUUCCGUGUUGGGAUCAUUCGCGAGUGAUCGUAAGCAACCGUGAAAGUUUAGUUUUUGAUGAGGACGAUUGGGACUCUUCGCGAAUAGUGAUAACAUCUGAGAGGAACGCGUCGACGUACAUCCACGCCAACUACGUCGACGGAUUCGAGGCCAUCAACAAGUACAUCUGCACCCAAACCCCGAUGGAAAACACGUGGGAAACUUUUAUAAAGCUAAUUUGGGAACAAAAUUCCCGUGUUGUUGUGUCGCUGACGGACUUGAACAAAGAUAACCAGAAAACCUAUGACCUUUGGGUGAAACCCCAGGGUUCUGAGACUAUCAUCGGAAGAUACGUCGUGAAAACCCUUGAAAUAUCUGAAGAACAGAUUUUUACCAAAACCCGACUGCUGAUCACCAACAGAACCACCGAAACCUCAAAAGAGAUAACCAAUUUUUGGUUCACCGACUGGCCGGACAACACCAUUCCUACCGGUCUGGAAGAGUUCCUGGAUCUCCGGAGCGAAGUGAACCGAGAACAGUUCAGACUGAUGAUGGAAACGGAGAGUAAUUCCCGAACUCCAGGACCUAUAGUGAUCCAUUGCUCUACAGGAGCAGGUUUGACGGGAACCUAUUGUGCCAUAGAUAACGCCUUAGCACAGCUUGAUAAGGAGAGCAGGGUUUCGAUACCUCAAAUUGUGGUAAAGAUCAGGAGCCAAAGACAUUCCAGUGUUUUUCGCCCGGAACAGUAUGCGUUUUGUUAUAAAGUUUUGGAACAUGUUUUGCUGGCGGAAGCCAAAAAACAGCCGAAGGGAUACUCUUAA